AUUUAAGAAAAGGAACUUAACUGUAUUGAAAAUGUUUAUUUAGAUUAAACAAUGGGUUAACUAAUGAGAUACACAAAUGCCUCAAUUAUCUGCAAUUUUUUGCUUUCCUUGGACCUGCUCGGAUAAUUGAGACACCAGUGUAUAUUUAUUUACUUUCACAAAAACUAGUGCAUGCUAAAGACCAUAUGAUAUCAACAACCACUUGGUAGUAUUGCCUGAACUAACUGCCUUUGGUCUAAACACGCACAUUGAAAUAAGAAAAACAAAAUGGCACAAAAUUAGUAACAUUUUGUUCAACUGCAGCACUUCAUUCUGGAAAAAUCAUGAAGAAGUGCUGAAUGCAUCAUUAAAAUCCUAGAAAGUUUGAUGUAGGACUCAAAGGAUGCAAAAAUAGUUCUAGACUUCCAAGAGUCCAGAACUGUUCUAGAUUCGAGUUCUGUUUAGCACAGCUCUAUACACGAAUAAAAUGGAAGAAAAUACUAGACACCACGAUGUUUUGUCGCCAUGGUGACCUGGUGCCCAGGAUUUCUUGAGGCCUGAUAGAACCUGACUGAGCUAAUCAUCUACAGGAUAUAUUAAUGUUAUUUGAGCUUUGUUGGACUUACAUCAGUUGCUUUAGAACCAUAUGAUAUGGUCAACAUUGAGUGAUUUGCUAUAAAGUUCUGACAUGGGAACCAGAGUAUAUAUUGGACGUUUAAACUAUGAUUGCCGUGAGAGAGAUUUGGAAAAGUUCUUUAAAGGAUAUGGACGGAUAAGAGAAGUCCUUAUAAAAAAUGGAUUUGGUUUUGUGGAAUUUGAUGACUAUCGGGAUGCUGAUGAUGCUGUAUAUGAACUAAAUGGAAAAGAGCUUUUGGGAGAAAGAGUAUCGGUAGAACAUGCUCGUGGCCAACCACGAGGAAGUGAUGUAUAUGGACAAAGAAGUCGAAACUACAGACCAGCCCCUCGUUGGAGACCAGGAAGAGACAAGUAUGGGCCUCCUACACGAACUGAAUACAGACUUAUUGUUGAAAAUUUGAGUAGUCGUGUCAGCUGGCAGGACCUGAAGGACUAUAUGAGACAGGCAGGUGAAGUUACUUAUGCUGAUGCUCACAAACAACGGCAAAAUGAAGGAGUUGUGGAAUUUGCAAAUCUAUCAGACAUGAAAACUGCUUUGGAAAAAUUGGAUAACUCUGAACUCAAUGGUCGUAAAAUCAAGCUGGUGGAGGACAGACCCAAAAGGAGGAGAUCUCAUUCAAGGUCUCGGUCAAGAUCUCGUAGCAGUCGAUCAAGGUCUCAGAGUCGAAGUAAAACUCGGUCCAAAUCUCCUGCUUCAGAUAAAUCAUGUUCAAGAUCUAAAUCUCGAAGUCCAAAAAGGAAUGAGGAACCUGAACAGAAUGGGGAGGAAAGUAAACAGAAAUCUAAGUCUAGAUCCCCAUCUGAAUCCCCUGAAUAUAAAAACAGUUCCUCAAAACAGGAAGACAGUGAUAAAGAAUAACCAGUUCACAUGAAGAAAUACAGUUUAUGUACAUUUUGAUGUCCAUACUAUUUUUUAUUAAGUAGAUUCUGAGUGGUAAUUGUUUCACUGUAUCAUGUAAAUCAUAAACUAAGUUCAUUACAAUGAGAGAUUUAAGAACACAGUUCAGUGCUUUUUUUAUCGAUUUUAGUUUUAAAAAAUGAAGGUAAGUAUUUAAAAGUUUCACCCAUGUUUCAGGUAGUAUAAUUGGUGUCUGUGAAGUUGUAAUUUUUUUGACAGCUAGUUAAACAGUACUUUGAAUGUACAACUGUGUCUGUUUUGUAUCAUGUAUUGACAUUAAAUGCUGUUGAAAAAGUAUUA